AUGGAAACUACCAAUAGUAAUAGAGAUUUCAAGUUAAAAUCUAAAGCUGCUGAUAAGAUUUUAGCUAAACUAAAGAGUAAAGGACUCAAGCUAAAACUUAAUCAAAAGAGUAAAUUAUUGAAAGUGAAGAGAAGAAGGAAGCUUCAUAGCCCAACUCCUAAUAGCAAGACUUUCUUCGCUAUGAGAAAGAAAGCAUUUGGUAUUUAUAAGAGCUCCUUACCUUCAAAGAUUAUGACAGCACUUAAAAGAAAUAGGAAGAAGCAUCCUAAGACUCCAAGAAGCCCUGUGCCUUCUCUGAAGCUCAAAGUGUUCUGCCCUCCUGUUGACGAAGAACUUGAACAAGAGAAGAAGAGAUAUUUGUCUAUAGUACAGAAGGCUCAAAAUGCUAUGAGCAGCAGACAAGGAGAGUUCAGGUCCCCAAGAAUCCUCAGAAAUUUCCUGUCUACAAGAGAGUUCUUUAAAAGCCAAGAUAAUGAUAGUGAAAGAAGCGAGGCUGCAAAGAGUGAUGCACAAUCUAGUUUGAGUGAUAUUAACCAGCUUUCUGAUUCAAGAGUGCAAAAGAACUUUAUUUUCAGAGGAAAGUUGAGCCCCUUUGAAGCAAGAAGAGGCACUUAAUAAC